AUGAUGAUAAUGGUGGCUGACGGUAUAGAACAUGGAGCUAAACUGGCAGUAGAAACAGACAUAUUCGGCAAAACCUACACAUAUAAAAAAGACGGUGACGCCAAAGAAGCCACUGACAACAAGGAACUAAAACGCAAUACCGUUGUCUAUCCUUCCAUAGCUGUCCAGUGGCUUAAUUUCAUAACCUACUUGAUACUUCUUUUAGUCUAUGUACCUGGAGACAGAGGUCAUCUAACAGCCUUCUACUUUGUGAUUGCAGUUUCUGGAUUCGUGUUUGGUCUCAGUAAUGUGUUGACGUUUGCUAUUGAUGAUAAUUAUUUACCCAUCUACAUAGCUGGAGAAAACUCAUUUCCAGUCCUCACUUCUCUGAUCCACUACCUGUCAUCCCUAAUGUUUGGUAACAGAAGGAAGUGGAACAGUGACUUCCUGAUGGUCUACAUAGACCUUGUGGUAGCCAUUUUACUGUCACUCCUAUCAGCUGUCAUGUGGACCUUAGGAUAUGUUUCAAAGCAUCCAACAGAAGAUGACGCUCUCAAAUCUAAGGCCACUGAGGUAGUAAAUAAGAUCAUACAACAUCUCAAUGAAAAGGUCGACAGACUCUCCGAAGCUGUGGUAACUGCAGUUGAACAGGCUCUCAAACAAGCUCUCCAACCUCUAGCUCAACCUCAAGAUCAAGGUAAUGUCACAGUUAAUCUCACCACUAACAUCAGUGGAGUCCUCAAAACAGAUAAUGGUCUCCAAGGUCAAGUCCAAAGCGUCAAAGAAGCUCUCGAAUCACAUCUUAGUAUCACUCCUGGUAAUGGUGUUGCUCAAGCUGUGGUCACUGAAGCCCUCGAAACCCUCACUGAUCCUGCUAAAAAACAAGCUGCCGUCGACAUAGUCAAAGGAGCUCUCGGUGGUACCACUGCCAAUGAUACCGCCAAAGUAGAGGACACUGAUCUUCAAGGACCGGCCACAGAAGCUCUCAAAACUGUCAAACUCCAAAAUCAGGCAGGUGCAGUCAAAACUAAUCUCAAAUCUGGUGGUAGUGGUAAAACCCAAAUAAAUAUCGGCGAUUCAAUCACUCAAGCCCUCACAAAACUUGAACAAAAUAAACCUGGUACUACUACUGGUGAAAAAGAACCCAAACCUGAGGCCGUCCAAGAUGUCCAAUCCGCUCUCUCUCAAGGUACUGCCAAAACCCAAUUCACAAGUCUAUGGCACAUUAAGGGCACUGAUGGCUACAGUAGUCUAGAUAGUGCCCAUUGGUACAUUAUGUUUCCAUUUCUUAUGGUCCUGAUUGGUAUGGGUCUAGUCUACUGCAUAUAUCCAGCCAUAGCUCCUGGAAUGAUUGUUCCAUUUUACCUCGUGGAUAAGAUUGAGAUGGUUCUGUUGAUAGCCACCAUAUUUCCAGCUCUGUAUGUGGCAAUUGCCAGAAGUGGUAAACUGAUACCAGGUUUUGGUGACUUUUUUGAUCCCGUGUCUCCUACAUGUAAUUGGGGAGCCAAAAAUGAACUACCCUGGAUACCUGGAGUACCAUUAGGCCAAGGAUACCACUGGCACCUAACUGACCUAGUGAUUCCUACCAUGAUCAUUUUAGCCUAUUUAUUUAUUUACUCACUGCAUUACAGAGACUCAUCAGUUGCCAGAUCAAUCAUCAACCAACCCAAAAUGUCUACAUGUCUAACCAUUCUAUUCUAUAUGUGUCAUGAGAUCUCAUUGGCUGUAGGAUUUCCAGGUAUCUUUGGUGGUAAUGGAGGUGGUAGCAUCCUAGCCCUUACGGCUCAGCUGAUAGGUGCAUUUCUGAUGUGUCUGUUAGCUCCAUAUUCUGAAGGUUACAUUAUUGAGUAUAAGAGACAUGAUCCUAGCAAUUGGCCUACAGCAGGAAUGACUAGGUGGAAUGCCCUUAGGUACUGGACCAAAAUGGCCUCCAAGAACUGCAAUAAGAACCUAGCAGCAUUGUUCACCAAAGACCUGAGAAGAGACCUGUUACUAUGCAUAGAAAGAAAUGAGCUAAUCUAACAAAAGUUAAAGUAAUCUAAUACUAAUGGAGGGAGAAUGUAAUCUAACAAAGUGGUAAUCUAACACCAGAGUAAGAGUAUGAUGUAAUCUAAUAAAGCUUAAUGUAAUAAAGUAAAGUGAUAAUGUAAUGUAAUAAA